AGUAUUUGAGAAAGCGGCUCAGCAGUCAGUCAGCAGCAGCCCGAACUGAAAACUGAUAAAGACUUCGAAAAAUCUCUUCUUCCAUUUCAGUUCCAUUCCACCUGUUGAAUCGCAGCGGCAGAAAACAAAGCUAGCGACAGAGAUGGAGAGUAUCGCGGCGUUCUCUGGCCUCAAUCCAAACCUCAAACACAUGCUCAGACCUUCCCGCACCACACUAAUGCAAGUUCCUUCAGUUCUAACCGAUGCCACCAUUUCUCCUCCGUCCUUUCUCCAGCUUCGGAAGCAGCACAAUUUCAUUUCCCGCAGUAAAGUGACCACCAUUGCACGCGUUGCUUCACCCACUAGCAAUGAGACAUAUGGAUUAGCUGAACUAGAUUGGGACAACCUUGGGUUCUCAUAUAUCCCUACCGAUUAUAUGUACACCAUGAAGUGUACUCAGGGACAAGAAUUUGGUGAGGGUGAGUUAAAGCGUUUUGGGAACAUUGAGCUGAGCCCAUCUGCUGGGGUCCUAAAUUAUGGGCAGGGUUUAUUUGAAGGUAUGAAGGCAUACAGGAAACAAGAUGGAAGUAUUGUUCUUUUUCGUCCAGAAGAAAAUGCAAUGCGAAUGAGGAUUGGUGCAGAGCGUAUGUGCAUGCCUGCCCCAACAGUUGAACAAUUUAUAGAUGCUGUGAACACGACGGUUGUAGCAAACAAACGAUGGGUGCCCCCAGCUGGCAAAGGUUCCUUGUAUAUAAGACCAUUGCUUAUGGGAACUGGAGCUGUUCUUGGUCUUGCACCAGCUCCUGAGUACACAUUCUUGAUCUAUGUUUCCCCAGUAGGAAACUAUUUUAAGGAAGGCUUGGCACCCAUAAAUUUAAUUGUUGAAACUGAAGUGCAUCGAGCAACCCCUGGUGGCACUGGUGGUGUGAAGACCAUAGGAAAUUAUGCUUCGGUCUUAAAGGCACAAUCUAUUGCAAAAGCAAAAGGGUUUACAGAUGUUCUUUACUUGGAUUGUGUUGAGAAGAAAUAUCUUGAAGAGGUUUCCUCUUGUAAUGUUUUUGUGGUGAAGGGCAAUCUUAUUGCUACUCCCGCAAUCAAAGGUACAAUUCUUCCGGGCAUUACGCGAAAGAGUAUAAUCGAUGUAGCUCGAAGUCAAGGAUUCGAGGUUGAGGAACGACAGGUAUCUGUGGACGAAUUACUCGACGCCGACGAGGUUUUCUGUACUGGAACAGCUGUUGUAGUAUCUCCCGUGGGAAGCAUCACUUAUCUUGACAGAAGGACUGCAUACCAAAAUGGUGGUGUUGGUAAAGUGUCUCAGCAGCUGUAUUCUGUCUUAACUGGUCUUCAAAUGGGGAUAUUGGAGGACAAGAUGAAUUGGGUUGUAGAACUAUAGGUGAUUUUCAAAUUGAGGGAAUUUAAAACAAUAGUGUUUUCGGCUGCGUGGACUACAUGGGCAGACACGAUAUGCUGUUUUUUUAACUGUAUUAUAUUCCCGAAAGCUCGAAUGCUAUGGAAUUUGGUAAAAAUUAUCAUGUUUCAGAUUUGAAGGGUUUUAAAUUGUUUCCUUUUCUGUUUAUGUUGGACCAUGUUUUAGGGUAUAUUUAGAACAAAGGAUAUUGAAGAGAGUUCUUGCUUUGGUCA